AGCUUCCCAGCGCUUCUCCCCCCCCCCUCAUGCCGUCAUGUCAAUAUGAUGCGAAAUGGCCACCCUGAACUUGCGUAUCCCAUGUAUGCCGCCGCCUCUGUGGCUGACAUCCACGCCACCCUGGCCCUCCUGCACCAUCAAGAGACCACCGUCACCCAGCGACUGGACGACCUGAUCGCAUCGCAGAAGGACCUGUCCCGUGACCUCGGCCGGCUCGAUCUGCUCCGCGCCCACCUCGGCUCCCACGUCGUCAACACCCGGUCCAUCAGCAAUGGCAUGCUUUCAGAUGCUGCAUCCACCGCACAUCGAAUUUCGAGCGCCGUCAAGCGGCUGGACUAUGAGCAAUCUAACGUCAAGGCCACCCUCGAGGUGGUGGAGCAGGUGGCCGAACUGAAGGCCUGCGUGCUUGGCGUAGAUGGCUCAAUGGGUGCCCCGCAGGAUUGGGAAACCGCGGCUGCCUAUCUCAGUCGAGCCUCCAAGAUCCCCGACGACGUCAUAGAUGGGAGCUUUGCGGAAGAGAUUGUGCCAACGGUGGAGGUCCCUGACCCUCCCCGCGUGACGCUGGAUGCUGCGGCAGAGUCUUUGUGCGGCCUGUUCCUGCGCGAGUUUGAGAAGGCCGCAAAGGAAGGAGAUGGAUCGAGAGUAACAAGAUUCUUCAAGCUCUUCCCCUUAAUUGGGCGGGCUGAUACAGGCCUUGAUGCCUAUGGUCGAUAUGUCUGCCAGGGCGUGGCGGCAAGAGCCCGGGCAAACUUCAAUUCUCCCCCCCCCGGCCAGAGGAAGGAAGGCUUCUUUUAUACCAACACAAUCACAAAACUAUUCGAGCACAUAGCCCAGAUUGUCGAUGGCCAUGAGCCUCUCGUCGAGCAACACUAUGGCCCUGGCAUGAUGGCCAAGGUCAUUGAACGUCUCCAGAUUGAAGCCGAUGUUCAAGGCGGCAUCAUUCUCGACACCUGGCAGGAUGAACGAUUGAUCAAUCGAAAACUGACCGACAUCAAAUCAUAUGCCUUUUCUUUCCUAGUUCAGAGCUUUGCUUCGAAGCCUGCAAUAGGCACCCCACGCUCGAAUUCGCCCGCCAAUGCCGCGCGAUCAAGUGAGGAUGAGGGCGUCAACAUGAAGGAAGUGGAUGGAUUACUUGGAGAGAGCUCACUGAUGCUUGGACGUUGGGCCUUGUACUCGCGGUUCCUCUCCUCCAAGUGCGCUCCACAAGAGCGUGAAGAUGCUACUGGUAUUGACCAUGGCUUGGUCAUGCCUCAUUUCUUAGCUACCAGCAACCUCCACAAGAAGGUCUCGUCCCAUCUGGUCGAGCCCUUCAACAUCAUGACAACCUUCUUCUUCCGACGUUCUGUAGAAAAGGCCUUUCAGCUGGACGAAUCACCAUCCGACCUGAAUCUCAAUCCAGCUAAACCGCUCGGUGCAAACCCUCCUUUCAUUUCUUCAGCAGUAGACGAUGUCAUGUACAUCGUUAAUCAGAUCCUUCAAAGGUCAUUGGCGACAUCUCAGCGCGCUGUUGUGGCUAGUGUUGUCCCUGAUGUUGGACGUGUGUUAAGCUCCGACUUCAUAGGGAUGAUCCAACGAAAGAUGAGAGAUGAGUGUUAUCUUAAGCCUAUCAUCCAAGGUGCACUACCUCCAGAGGAUAAAGUAAUUGCAUUCCUCGUCCAGAUCAACAACCUGGACGUGGCAAACGACUACAUCAAGCGCAUAAUGACCCGAAUAGGCGGGCAACCCCAAACCGCCACUAGUCAGGACGGCCCCUCCCCUUCUUCGCUCCACGAUCUCUUCCCCUUUGGCCAUGAUGCAGUCUUUGUCGAGAAUAUCUUGAAAUCCAUGGAACAUUCUUUCUCUUCCAAGAGCACCGAGCUGCUUCGUGACCUCAUCCGAGAAACCUUCCAUCAAGUUCUGAAACCUCGUGUUCGCCCAAUUCUGGCAGAUGCUUUUCGCGACAUCGACUACGCCCCAUCAGAUGAUUCUGGCGCCCAGGACGAAGAAGCCGAGGGCGAUGACACAGACCUAGUGAAAUCUCGCUUCGAUCGGAGCUGGGGUGCUUUGAUUCGUCCUAUCAAACGCAUCCUAACUCCCGCAAACUUUGAUCGUCUUCUCACGGUCGCAAUGAACUAUCUCGCAACCACACUUGAAAAGCGAAUCAAGAGUUACUACGGAAGGGUUAACGAAUUGGGCGCAGGUAGACUUGAGCGAGACAUUGCUGGAAUUAUCAACGCAGCAGUCGCAGGUGGAAAAUACGGACUCCGUGAUGCGUUCACAAAAUGCACGCAGAUGACGCUGAUCAUGAAUAUGGAGGAUGAUGAAUGGGACGAUGUCGUCAAUGAAGAGGCCGGUGGUGAAUUAGGUAUUCCUUGGGUACUGGAUGCGGAGGAGAGAAGGAGAAAACAUGGCCCUUUCUCCACCGGCCGCUGGAAUCUCUCAUUUGCAAGGCCGAUUCAAUCAUGUCGGACUUUUCCAUCCCAGGAAGUUGAGGACACGAUCGCGCGGUUGAAGAAGGAAAUUGUGGAUCCGGACCUCUUCCGUGUUUUCGAAAAUUCUUGGCCAAGCACCCUGGACACGACGAUUGGAUGGCGGGGCCUUGCGAAUCGGACUGAUGGAGAAGAGGAGGAAUUAACGUUUGUGGUCACAGGUGAUAUUGAGGCGAUGUGGUUGCGAGAUUCGGCGAACCAACUCCAAGCCUAUCUACCCGUUCUCCGUGCAAAUGAAUCGAGAGACUCGCUGGCUAGUGUGUUUCGUGGCGCGAUUAAUCUUCAAGCAAGAUAUAUCCUGACUGCCCCAUUUUGUAACGCCUUCCAAGCGCCGGAUGAAAGUGGGAUCCCAACGAAGAGUAGUAUAAACAGCGACUCCAUCUCCCCUGCCUACGACUACUUCAAGGUCUUCUCAUGUAAUUGGGAACUUGAUUCCCUAGCCUCGUUUCUCCAGCUCAGCAACGACUACGUAAACGCUACGCAGGACUACGCUUUCUUCGGGAAAUUCAACUGGACAGCUGCAGUUUCAAAGGUUCUCGAAACCGCGCAGAGUAUGACGAUGGACAGCUAUGCCGAUGACGGGACCUGGCUACACACACCAUACACAUAUUGCGCACCAUACGGUGGAACCCCAAUCAACGAUUGCAACGGCUCGCCGCAUAGAGGCAACAUUGGUCUCAUCCGCUCAUUCCACCGCCCUAGCGACGACGCGUGUACGUAUCAAUAUCUCAUCCCAUCUAACAUGAUGUUCAGCCACGCACUCAAUACCUCCGCGGCCAUCAUGGCCAAGGUCGAGCCCGCGGGUGGGAAUUUGACUGACUGGAUGCGCACAAUGUCAACGGGGAUCCGCACGGGUAUUGAUAAGUACGGCGUUGUCCGGGACGCUAAAUAUGGCGAUAUUUUCGCGUAUGAAGUCGACGGCUACGGCAGUGCGAACAUGAUGGAUGACCCUAACAUCCCCUCCCUACUCUCCGCGCCAUUCCUCGGAUAUCUUCCGCGCAACGAUAAAGUCUACCAAAACACACGCAAAAGGUUAUUAUCGAGAGAUAAUCCGUACUUCUCCUGGGGUCCUGCGAUCACGGGGAUUGGCAGUCCGCAUACGCUUCCGGGACGUGCGUGGCCAAUGGCUAGUAUUAUGACGAUUUUGACGAGCGAUAGCGAUGACGAGAUUGUGCGGAAUUUGAGGGAUUUGGUGGGGAGUACGGAUGGGUUUGGGUUGAUGCAUGAGAGUGUGCAUAGCCAUAGGGAUGGGGAUUGGACGAGGCAGUGGUUCUCAUGGGCGAAUGGAAUGUUCGGUCAAGCUAUUCUUGAUCUUGAAAAACGCAAACCGCAUAUUCUGAAAAUGGGCUUUCAGUAGCGGUAGUCUUUCUCCGAAUGCGAGAGUCCCGGGUGGGUGGCGUAAUGGGUAGCUAUUGGUUUUGAUUUCUCAAGCCGCUUUUAUGCUUAUGUACUUCUACCUGUGCCGUUUGGAAGACAGCCUUGGUGCAGGCAAUGCACUGGAAUGGAUUAGGUUGGCAUCGUCCAGGCGUUGGAAGUUUUCGACAUAUUUUUUGGAGUUGGACUUUUGAGUAUCCCCAUGUCAAGAUAUCCCCCACAUUUUUUUUUGCUUUCUAUUGUGAAAACCAAUUGAUC